UUUUUUAAACUUCACAAAACUUUUACCUCCAUUUUAUACCUUAACUAUGAACUUUUUAUCAACAGAUUAUGUUGUGGUCGGUGGUGGAGUUUGUGGUGUUUGUAUAGUUGAUGAACUAAAUGAAUUAUUGAACAGUGAAGAAGUUCCGGGUACUUCAGAUCAUUCUAUAAUUUUUGUUAGUGGUCUUGGUGGAUAUAUAAAGCGAGCAGUAAAUAUUAAAAAGGUUGGACAAAUAUCGACGUCUUUUGACAUAAAAUCUUUAAAUUCAAAUAUAUUUAAAGAAUCUAAAAGAAUAACUUGUUUAAAUGAUGAAGUAAAUAAAUGGAUUCCUAAAGGAAAGAGGCUAAUUCUAAAAAGUGGAAAGAUUAUUUCUUACAAAAAAUUAGCAAUUGCUACUGGCGCUUCUCCUAAACAAACAAUUCAAUCAAAUCCUUUAAUUAUUCGACUUCGUGAUACUCAAACAAUUAAUGAUCUUAAAGAGGCACUUUCUAAUUCUCGACGUGUUUUAAUUUUUGGAAAUGGGGGAAUUGCUUCGGAAUUAGCAUUUAAAUUAAAAAAUAUAGAAGUUAUUUGGGUAUUUAGACAUAGUCAUAUUUCUGCAACAUAUUUUGAUAUGGCUGCAGCAAAAUUUUUUGAACCAAAAUUAAACGAAAAAGAAGAAAAUAAAGAAGUUAAUUCUGAAAUAAUUUAUGAUAAAAUUACUUUAAGUAAUGAAAAUAAUGAACAAGAAAAAGACAGUUCUUCUUAUUCUGGUUCAGCAUUAGGGCCUCAUUGGAUAGCUAAACUUGCAUUAAAACAUUCAGACAAGGUAAUUAAUGAGAUCGAGCUGGGUCUGGACCAAGGCAUGGGUUUUCCUGGACCCAGAUUGGUCAAUGAAAAUAAUGAACAAGAGAAAGAGAAGAGAGAAAUAAUGAACAAGAUAGAAGACCCAUGCAUUUUUUCCUGGGUCUGGGUUCUUCGUGGACUACAGGCCCAGGAUCCGGCCUGGACCAAUAAAUCAAACUCAGAGUCCAGGAACAGGCCCAGGCUUUUCAAAAAUCUCGAUCUAUAG